AUCAAGGUAUUUCUUCAGGGUAUUGUAUGAUGCUUCUAUUAGCUGAAACUAUUUUGAUAUCAAUAUGUGCUUGUCCAAGCAAAUUUCUUUGUUUCGCGCCGAUCUGCGGUUUCACAUAUACCAUAUCUCUUUUGGUCUCUUUCAUACAUAUACUAAAGUAGUUUGGAAAUAACAAUGUAAACGCUAUGAAUUCUGGUUGUUUUUGUUAUGUGCUGCAAGUACCAUGUCGUGUAACAGGCUUUUUUGCAUUCGAACACAUUGUUUUAAUAAUUUAAUAAAUCCAGAAAGAACUCAAAAUUUCGUCUGUAAAUAGGUAAUAUUAAAGAUGGAAGGUCGUGGCCGUGGUAGAGCUCGCGGCAGAGCCCGUGGUGGGCAACAAGGGGGACCUGGUGCCCCUCAGGCGCCACGCCCAGGCCCCCAACAGAGUCAACCGCCCCAGCAGCAGGCCCCUGGCCCACAACAGCCUUGGAGCAGACCUCCAAUGCCUCAGCAGGGACUUUCACAGCAGCAGCAGUGGGUUAGGCCUCCAAUGCAGGCUCCUCCCACCUCAUCAGCUGGAAGAGGAAGUCGUUUGGGCGGUGGGGAUGCAUCAGAUGUUGUCCCACCACAGAUGACAGCAGGAGCUGUUAGUGGACAAGCAGAAGGUGCUGACCCUCAGGCAAGAGGGAAUCGAGGUGGAGUUAGAGGAAGAGGAGGUGCUUUCAGAUCAGAGAUUAUUAGGACCAAACCUUCAAAUAUGCAGAGCAAGCAAGGUACCUCUGGAAGCUCCAUUCAGCUAACAGCAAACUAUUUUGCAUUGCUUCAAGCUGGAAAGUGGGGCCUCAACCAGUAUCAGGUGGACUUUAAUCCACCUGUAGACCUAACCAGGGAUCGCAAGAAGCUUUUGCGUGAUGCCUUACAAGAUGUAGGGAUCAAUGGGUACUUGUUUGAUGGUACAAACAUGUACACCCCCCAGAGGUUGCAUCCAGAUCCUCUGGAUAAGUUUGUUGAACACAAUGAAGAAAAAAUUAGAGUGACAGUUCGACUCGUCGGCGAUGUAGCAUGGGGAGAUCGUCACUAUAUUCAGCUGUUCAACAUAAUUAUAAGAAAAUGCCUGACAUUCAUGAAAUUCCAGCUGGUCGGAAGAGACUACUAUGAUCCAAACAACAAGAUUCCCGUCCACGAGCACAAACUGGAACUUUGGCCAGGUUUCUUCACUUCAAUCAGACAACACGAAAACAACAUUCUCAUGGCCUGUGACGUGACAUUCAAAGUCAUGAGACAGGACAAUUGCUAUGAUCUUCUAUUGGGAUGUCAAUCUUCUAACCCGCAGAGGGAAUUUCAAUCGCAGAUUAUUGGGAGCAUUGUUAUGGCCUCUUACAGCAACAAGACGUAUCGCGUUGAUGACGUCGACUUCAAGACGACUCCACAGCAUUCAUUUAAAAUGAAGGAUGGGUCAGAGUGUACCUACAUGGAUUAUUAUGCGAAACGUUAUAGUAUUCGCAUUCAGGUUAAAAAUCAACCAUUGUUAGUGUCUCGAAGCAAGCCACGCGAGAUCAGAGCUGGUAUGUCUGAAACCAUUUACCUAGUUCCUGAACUUUGCCAAUUGACUGGGCUGACGGAUCGUCAGCGUGAAAACUUCCAUCUCAUGAAAGCUCUGGCAGACCACACUAGAAUUGGACCUCCUCAGCGGAUCCAGAAAUUGAAGGAAUUCAGUGAUAGGUUGAAUAGGAGUCCUGAGGCUAUCCAAGAGCUCAAGAGGUGGGAUCUUAAAUUUUCCCAGGAUUUGGUGAAGUUUCAGGGCAGAGUUCUGCCUCCUGAAGCCAUUAUAGGCGGCGGAGACCGGAAGUAUACGGGUGGUCCCCAAGCUGAUUGGACUAAAGAUUUAAGAAGUAUGCUAAUGUUCGAAGCAGCAUCAUUGAGCAAAUUAGCUGUAAUCUGCCCUGGAAAGUUCAGACAACCCUGCAACGACUUCAUCCAGUGUUUACAGCGUGCGGCAAGGGGUAUGCAAUGGGAUGUCGGACAGCCUAGAAUAUUUGACAUUGGUGACGACCGCGCACAAACGUAUUUGGAAAUGAUCGAACAGAUUAUCGCUAAGGCUAACCCUACGAUGAUAAUGUGCAUUGUGCCAAAUAACUCUGCAGAUAGGUAUUCUGCUAUCAAGAAGAAGUGCUGCGUCGACCGUGGUAUACCAUCUCAAGUCAUUUUGGCUAGGAAUUUGACCUCCAAAGGAGUGAUGUCUAUUGCAACGAAAGUUGUUGUCCAGCUUAAUUGUAAAGUUGGGGGUUCCCCGUGGACAGUGGGAAUCCCUCUUUCUAACAUCAUGAUCGUUGGCUACGACGUUUGCCGCGAUACUGUAAAUAAGAAGAAAAGCUUCGCUGGGAUGGUUGCUUCGUUGAAUAAACAAAUAACGAGGUAUUUCAAUUUUACCUCGGAGCAUGAGCACGAGGAGGAAUUGUCGGACAACUUUGCUAGCUUUUUGGUGAUCGCUUGUCACAAAUUCAAAGAGAUUAAUGGCAGGCAUCCUGAAAGGAUACUGAUAUAUAGAGAUGGUGUUGGUGAGGGUCAGCUGCCUUAUGUAUUUGAACAUGAGGUUACCACUAUCAAAAACAGGCUAGUAAGCGAAAUUUAUAAAAAGGCAGAGGAUUUGAGGAUGGCGUUCGUGGUUGUAUCAAAGAGGAUAAAUACCAGAAUCUUUGGUGAUAGGGGUAAUCCUCCACCUGGUACGGUGGUGGAUGAUAUUGUUACCAUGCCAGAAAACUUUAUUUUCACAUGCGGGAACAGUGCAAAGUCGCAGGGAGCAAGAUCUGGACUGUAAGGAGAGUGCUCAAUAAGUUUCAGUCCAGUAGUGGUCAAAUACCCGGUGCAAGCUCUGGCGCGGUGAGUUGGAGCGUUGUCAUGGUGAAGGUACCAAGUGUCCAUUCUUGACUGUGGCCGCAGGUUUUUCAUAGACUCUAUGGCUUUAGGCAGGCACUGUCUUCUACUAGUUAGCUGUGACUGGCUUCUGUGUGUGCAAAACGUCACGCUCCACAAUUCCGCUCGAUUUGAAUAAUACAGCCAUUUUUUUCUUAAGAGAUCGGGAUUUUCUGACCGCUACGGGUGCGUUUUCAUCAUCAAAGACCCAAACUUAGUUUUGAGCCUUGGUCGGCACAUCGUAAUAAUAGAGCAGUCUCGUCACCUGUCACGAUGCUGUUUUCAUACCAAGAUUGCCCACUAUCAAACAUUUUUAGUAUCUGUUGGCACCAAGUCGUACGACGAGUCUCCUGCUCUUCCGACGCUAUGCGGUACCCAGAGAGAACAAAUUUUCCUUAAGUGUAAAUGGUCAUGCAGAAUUGAAUUAAUUGUUUGUUCAUGAAGGUGUAAGGUCUCCUCUAUUUGUUGGUAUGUCACUCUCCGAUCUUCAUCAAGCAUUUUCCUCAUAGCAGUAAUGUUUUCCUCUGUUACUGACGUUCGCGAUCUUCCUUCCCUCUCAUCGUCCUCAAGACUGAAAUUACCCCUUUGGAAUUACAUGUACCACCUGCAUACCGAGUCGUACGAUGAGAACAGUCAUUCUUUAAUGCAAGCGUCAUUUCUUCUAGGCACUGGUCUAUGCUUAAACCACGCGUAAAGUUAUACCGUAAGGCUGCCCUUAUAUCACUACGUGACAACGAUGCACUUAACACUGUCAAUACGAAUAAACAACUAAAUCAGCAGCCUCCUGCGUCCGUUUGUUAAGUUUUUUGUACAUGUUUGUAACUGACGUCUCGGAAGGUCUUACUUGUUCUGAACAUGAUCCUUUAUGAACUGGCGACCGUGUUGCGUGGGGAGUGCAGAGUCAACCUACUUGAUGACAUUUUUUCUUUUAUUACAGAUACGACUUCUUCUUGGUGAGCCAGUGCGUGCGACAAGGAACAGUAAGUCCGACGAGCUACAAUGUACUAUCUGACACAUUGGGUUUGCCUCCAGACCGUAUGCAGAUCAUUGCAUACAAGCUGUGCCAUAUGUACUACAACUGGAGCGGUACUGUCAGAGUACCAGCUCCCUGUCAGUACGCCCACAAAUUGGCAUUCCUAACUGCUCAAAGUCUUCACAGACCUGCGAAUAGGUCUUUGGAGACUGUUUUAUAUUACCUCUAAAGAGAAGCAGUGCAGGGUAUGUACGAUUCCGUAAAGUUUGUACUGCUGAGAAACGAUAUUGAUAAGUUGAAGAAUGAAGGCUUUCACGACUAAUGUAAUUUAGGUUUUUCGGGCUGUUGAGCCGUGGUCGUGUUGGAUUUGGUCCAGAGCUUUCGGCUACAUCUGCGGUCGCCAUCUUCAGUAUCGCUGUUGGCUCAACAGCCCGAAAAACCUAAAUUACAAUAUUGAUAAGGUUGGUGCAAAAAUUAUAUAUUUUUAUAUGUAUGUUCUUAAAUUCCGAUUGCUUUAAGAACUUUUCCAAUAAUUUGUGUGGACUAUCAAACUCAUGAGAACCAUUUUAGCUUUUGGAACUGUUUUACCAACCUCCCAAGUGGAGAUGACUUGAGUAGAUUUGAUUUUUAGAUCUUUACGGAAUUCUGCCCUCAAACGUGUGCUACCUCGAUCGAGUUUAUAAUUUGUUUUUUAUAUGAGAAGACACCUUUUAGUUUGUAGUUCGGAUUCACCAUGUUUUUAUUUUGUAGUUUUGACCUCAAGAUAUAAAGACUAUCCUUAAGAAUCAUCGUUUUAAGUUUUUUUGUUCUUAGUGUUAAGGUAUAUUAUGUCAAUGCAAGUAUGUUACUUCAAACGAAUUGAAGUAUAUUUUGAAUCUUUACAAUUCAGUGAUGGCAUAUAUAUCUCCUGCUCCACAUUAACUGUUAAAUGCAUGUUUUAUAUUUGUAUUCCAAAUCACCAAGCUUUUGAUCAUUAAAAAAAUGCAAAUGAUAGAAGUGUAUUUCAGAUUUGCUACCAGCAUAGCAUAUGAAUGUUUCCAGUUAUGUUUUUGGAGGUUGUAGUUUCGAAUUUGAAUCUACUUAUUAAUCUAAGGAAAUAUAUUUCUUAAUAAAAAGACAACUGAAUCUGGCGUUGAUGUUGGAUGUUACAAGUUUUGUAAUUUCAAAAGAUUUUAUGAUAUUUUUUUAAUAAAGUUGUUUUG